AUGGCCAACGAAAACCCCAUUGAGCCUGCUCAGGCUCCCAAAUCCAACCCCCCGCCACUUCAACCCCGAUCACGUACGCCCAAGAUGGACAAGGACGCCAAGACCACGCCGCAUCCUGUCCGUCCUGCGCCCCGCCCCGGCAUGCCCAGCAUCGCGUACAACGAGACUAUGUUCGGUGCCGGCGGCUUUGGCGGUCCCGGCCGUGAGCCCCUUCCUGCUCCUCGACCGAAGGAGAUUGAGAAGGAGGAACUCACGACCAAGGGCCGUAAGCGCAAACGUCUUGCGAAGGCCUGCAGUGCCUGUCACAAGAACAAGCGUCGCUGCGAUGGCUUCGCUCCUUGCUCGAACUGCGAGUUCUCCGCCCGCCCUUGCAUCUACCUGAACGCCCAGGGAGAGCAGAUCCCGCCGCCCCGCACUCGUGACACCUCCACCAUUCCGAUGAACAAGGGCACCUCGAGCGACGGCAAGCAGUUCAUUCCGGCCGUUCCUGUGCCCGAGCGUCGGCUGAGUGGUGGCAAGCUGAACGGGGCUCCGGGACCUGCCGGCGAGGACUGGGCCGGCCGUGACUACCCUGGGGCCUCUGGCAGCGAGGCCGACUGGCGUAGCGGCGACCACCCUCCCUACGGCCCUCUCGAGGCCGUCGAGAACGACCCUGCUCUUGCCGCUGAGCUCCUUGACAGUGAGUCUAGCUAA